AUGGACAAGCAGGAAACGAGGGAACACACGCACGAAGUCACAGAGCUCGACCGGAAACACAACCAGGGAACUGUCAGUGCCAGAGUAGUGAGGGUAGGCAACUGCCCCCAAAAAGAUGAUGUGAACAGGAUAAUCAGUACAACCAUAAGAGUUCGCGACUGGCAGAGGCUUCCCCCAAGACGACAUCUAGUCAAUUACCUUGCAAAAAACAGAGCCAGUAAAGAAAAAGUUAUGCAUAAGGAGGCAAAACCACCAAUAGGUGAUGACCAGGCAACCAAAGUUGAAGAAUGGAGAAAAUUAAAAAUCAUUUUACGAAAGACGACCAUCCCAAAAAUAGCCAACCAUGGCUCGCACACGAACACGAAUGCUGGAGAGCUCGUAGGCACGAGCUGUCGAAAGACACAAACCAAGAAAGACCAAGAAGAAGAACUUGUCUCGAUGACCUGGGAACCCCAGAUCCCAAACCAAUAG